AUGGCGUCCAAGUUAUGUUGUACGGCUGAGCAGGAAGGUCGAUCAGACUCACCAGAGCUACCCAAUGCUCGCCUGAGUGGCGCAACGCCUGCGAAGCAACCUCUGCUACCAAAGCAACCUGGAUCGCCGAACUCCCGCUUCACGAGCGUUCGAUCCGACGAACUCCAUGAGCUCCACCAGAUCUUCAACCACGCUCAGGAUGGUGCAGACGAACAGGCCACGCCGACCCGAGCGCCUCGUGCACGCUUCAGUCGAGCGUCAAUCUAUAGCCUCCAUAGUCUGCACAAGAUGACCAGCAUGCGCUCCUUGAUCAAGCGCAAGUUCUCGAGAGAUCUCACGAAGAAGGACUCGGGACUGAAGAUCCACGUCGAGGCAACGCAGAAGGUCACGACGAGCGACCAGGACACUGUUGUCAGAACCUCCAAGGACGAAGCUAAGCAGCAACUGAAGAUCACAAAGGACGACCUGCGCAAGGACUUGCUCAGUGAUAAGAAACCAGAUGAGGGCGGUUACGAUUCUGAUGCUGAGAUGCUUGACGAUCUUGCGAGAAACAUUGGGAAGAAGACACCCAGGAAGAGAGCGAGUAUACACAGUGUCAAUUGGUCGCCGUCCACUGGCAGCAGAGCAACGCCAGGUUCGUCUGCAAAGAGUCACACCGACGCUGACUGUAACCGCGAUCUGCAGCCUUACCAGAUCAAGAAGCCUCCAGCUGUCUCACUGGUUACCCGCGUCAGUCAUGUCUUUAGCACACCGAACUUGCGGGUCGAUGUCUCAGAUGAGAGAAACCGUACGUUCAGACGCUCGCAGUCUGCUACGUCAAUGGGUCUCCCUCAAGUAUCGCCUCUAUCGCCCUUGUCGCCAUUACGACUUCCCAGUCUUACCAGCCAUGACCAAAACGGACUGCCCUGGGCUGAGGCGAUCAACGAAAGCCUUCGCCUGUCGCAAUUCCCGGUCCCACCUCGUCAUGUCAGUCCGCAAGGCUCGCAAACGUUGCUACCGCUUGACCAGGUCACAAAAGCAGCACAGCACACGAGCCAGAAGUCCAGAUCUGACAAUAGUGCCUCCUCAAUUUCGAGCAAAGAGUUUGAAGCAACUGUUCGACCAGUCGAGAUCCGCAUAGAGCAACCGACUUCUGUCGCUAGCCCACGUCCUUCUGCUUCCAUUCGAGGCAAACUUCAGGAGAACGCUCAGCCUUCGAAUGUUGAAGGAGCCCACGAGGACGAAGGUGAAGAGGAAGACAACCCACGCCACUCGGUACACCUCUACAGCAUGCGCAUCUCACAUCAUCUACGCUCGGGGUCGCUGCUGUCAUGGGAGCAGCUCGCUGAUGCACCAGACCUUCCCUCACCUACACGUCCGUACCGAGACCGAACCGUUUCGGACCAAAGUCGGGUUUCUCAUCUGACCAAGCAGUUGGCCCGACAUGAGCGACAGACAUCCAGUUCAGGGUUCGCAAGCUCGAAGGUGCCUUCAAGGUGGGGCAAGGUCUUGCCAAGGGAUCACGAUGUUCGAGGCGACAUGGCAUCCUCCAUCUAUUCGAGCCGACCGCAGAGCCCUCCUGACAGUUUCGUCGCAUCCUUGACCAGUUUGGGCCGGACAGGUACGGGUCACGAUGAUUUCAGCGGUAUAUCAAUCCAUGCUCCGAAAACCCGUCGCUCCAACUCCUUCCCAACCGAUAACGAGAACACCCCUCGAGCGGUACCACGAUACGGGCCUUCGAACCUCAGAGCUGUACAAGGUGUGUCUACGACAAGCCCAUUGCUUGCUACGCCUGUUCCGCUGGCACGCAAGAACAGCGUUGCCGAUACCAAGAAAUCGAAGUUCCGCGAAGAGUUCAGCCCUUCUCCUCCACGCAAGAGAAUAACUCCAUCGGAGUCAAUCAUGAAGUUCUUGAACCCCAAGCGCCUUAGUGCACGGAGCCAUAGCGAAGCGUCUCUGAAAGCGGAGUCUCCAAUUCGGACUGGCGACGCUGCAUUCGACUCGUUGGAGGUUCCCACCAACCGAGAACGACGACAAUCGCAAUCUAUGAUGAGCCUGCAGGCGGAACAGAGCGCCCUUGGGAAACACAAGGGGGCUGACCAUGUCUGGGACCAAGCUUUGAAGGCUCACCAAGAAGAGAAGGCAUGUCUGUUUUUACCGAAGAACCGCGAUCUUGCUGCACACGCCAGUCCUUUCCGCGAACGCAGUGGGAGUACCAUGACUCGCCAUAGCGCCAACGAAGCCAGCGCUCCGGUUACACCGACCACACCAGAGGCCCCGAGUGCAUCUGGGAGCUUUUUCGCUCCAGUAUUCACUCCGUCUUUCGCGCCACAAGCCUCUGUGUCCGAAGAGCUGUCUCGUCCUCGACUCGUUUCGCGACGCAGUGCCAUGGCGAGUGCAAACGAGGACGCCUUUGACCGAGAGGUCUCUUUCAUCUUCGAGAAGCAGGGCGAUAGCCCUGAUAUUGUCGGAGCAUGGGGUCGCUACCCUUCGCAUACUCGCAACGAGCGUACUAACUCUGCUGGCAAGUCAGACCGUGUGGAGAGCCGCGACUUCGCGCUUGAAGCUGCGAUUAAGUUUGCCUCCGCUCAAGAUGUGGACGAAGACAGGAUCGAUCCAACCGAGCGUGUACCCUCGAUGCCACUGAUGCCGGGCGAGAAGAAGAGAAAGAAGAAGGUUGGCAGUGGACGUAUGGCAAAAAGCAACUCCAUGACGUUUGGCAAAACAUUCCUCAAGAACUACUCAAAGAUCUUCAAGAGUUCGUCUACCGAAUUCAGGAAGCACGGGCGUAAUCAUCGCAGCUCGAUUGCGACUGGUGGUGUGCUGGAAUUCCCGGAGCUUGAGAUUCUUCCAGAAGUAUGGAAACACGGCUCCUCUGUUAAUGGCAGCAGUGAUCGAGGCCAUCGACGGGGAGAAUCGACGGCAAGGCGUCGUGCAAGUGAUAGCCACAAUGCGGACAAGUCGCAAACACACGAUUCGAUGGCCACAUUACGACCUCGCCGCAACUCAUCGGCACCGAAUCUGAACGAACUCGCCUAUGACGGUGCGAACGAAGACAUGCAUGCAAAGGACAACGCUCGCGUCUGGUCCGUCUACUACGACGAUUGUGUCCCUUCGUACCCUCGCGCCAGCAUUGAGCUUGACGCCGGCCUUGAGGAUUUUGGACCAGCUCGGUUCUCUUUCGAGAGCAGACACCCCUCGAUGCAUUCACGCACUAUGCCUGCGCGCUUAGCAAGGCACUCGCGCAACGCCAGCCGCGUAAGUCGCACAAGCAUUGUUAGCCGGGGAAGUGCACGCCCGAGUUUCAAAUCCAAGGGCGAGGACGAUGACUUUGCAGAAAAGAGAAGCAUGGUCAGUGUGCGGCGCAGUACCAUAGACCUGAUCUCGAAAUUCAAGGAGCAAGAGAUCAUUGAGCGCGAAAGGGUCUUGUCUAUCACAAGGGCAGGAAGCCGCUACGAGAGCGAGGCCUUAGCGGCGUUGUGA